UAGCAAUGGUAACGAAAUUUCCAUUAUUGAUAUUGAGAUGUCGUAGUAACAGCUGUUGACGGCCCAUUACAUCCUUACGAUGAUCAUAUAGUUGAAUCAUCAUCCAGUGGAAAGAUGCUACGGCUAAUAGCAAGCGAUACAACAACUUCAAGAUCGAAUAUAACGUCAUAUUCCUCCUCGAGUACUCAAGAAACACUGGAACGAGCGCCUAUUCACCAAGAUGUCGGAGCUUUCAAGAUCAAUGUGGCUAGCUUACUACAUCCAAGUUCACCAGACGAUCCAACGUCGAUUAUUAGCAAUAACAUGAUCCACCCAUCAACUACUACACCGUCAUCUUUGUCCCCUUUUAUAUUGACCAACAAUGAUGCGCUACGAUAUCCCUUGACCCAUGCUUCGCGUAGAAUCGAAACUCAACAACCACAUUCACAACAAUUACCUGCGACACCACCUUAUUGGCGACUACCACCUCUUACGUACGACAGCAAUUUUACCCCCACCGCUACCAGCGGUUCCAGCACUACCGACAACAUUCCAUCAGUAUGUCAAGCAUCGUAUGAGCAAUCUCAUAGGCCUGAAGCUCGCAAUACCCAACAACAGCACCAUCAUCAUAAUCAUUCACAACAUUACGAGGCUUCAAACUUACUUGCUUCUUCCUCGUCACGAAGAGAAUCGUCGUCCUCGUCGUCAAACCCAUCUUUAGCAUCAUUGCAUAAUAUCGAUCAAAACCAUCAACAUCAGCAACAAAUGCAACAUUCGCUACAACGACCUUCCGCAACAGUAACAGCAGCUGGAUCAGUAGUAUCUAGCAACAAACAGAGUGCAGCAUCAUCCUCAUUAGAAGCUCCUCCAGAUCGACCCGAGCUAAUUUUGCGUACGCGACCAAUUCUGAACGCCGGUCGUCACUCGCAAGAGGAUGUGGUUCUUCCCUCUUUACGAGAACAGUUAGGUGGAUUGGCUCCUCCGCCUGACGAAGACGAAAACAACAGUGGUUGAAAGCGACACCACUUUCGAAGCGUCCAAAUUGCAAACUAAUCAGAUGUAAUCAUGCCAUAUUCAGAACAUCAUCAGCAUCCAACUUACUGCUACUUACCACCAUUCAACCGACUUGCUACGAUUCAAACGUUUCCUUCACAAUCACGCCUAUGAUACUAUCAACAACGACAACACCAGUCGUAUUAAAGAUCAAGAACAAGAAACGAAAAAUUACUAUUAUUACGGAACACAUAACAACACUCUUCACUAGAUACAAACUUCACAA